AUGGAUCCCCAAAAGACAAGCAAGAAGGCCCAAGAAACCAUGGGCGAAGCUACCGAGCAAGCCUCCAGCACAGCCUCGGGCAUGACCGACACCCUCGCGGGCGCCGCCAAGCCCGUCACCUCGACGCUCGGCAACACGCUCGGCGGCGUGGCCAACACGGUCGGCGGCACCGUGGGCGCGGCGACUCGGGGUCUGGGGGAGACGGUCAGUAGCGCGGUUCCCGGCGGGAUCGGAAAGCCCGUGGGGGAUGUGGUGUCGAAUAUUGGGAGUGGAGUGGAGAGGGGCGCGAAGGAGGUGGGGAAGGGGGUGAAGGAUGCCGGGGAGUUGAAGGGGAGUGAGCAGCAGCAGUAA